CUGACACAGCCAGGGCCAGCCUCGCAGGUUCCCGGGUGGUGCGCGUUCGCUGUCUCCUUGGCUCCGGGAUGAUCGGCCAGAAGACGCUCUACUCCUUCUUCUCCCCUAGCCCCGCCAGGAAGCGACGCGCCCCCAGCCCCGAGCCGGCCGUCCUGGGGACUGGCGUGGCGGCCGUGCUUGAGGAGAACAGAGAUGCGGCGGCCAACCCCCCCAAGAAGGCCCCGGCCGCGCAGGAGGAGCCCGGGACGCCGCCCUCCUCGCCGCUGAGUGCUGAGCAGUUGGACCGGAUCCAGAGGAACAAGGCCGCGGCCCUGCUCAGACUUGCGGCCCGCAACGUGCCCGUGGGCUUUGGUGAGAGCUGGAAGAAGCACCUCAGCGGGGAGUUCGGAAAACCGUAUUUUAUCAAGCUAAUGGGAUUUGUUGCAGAAGAAAGAAAGCAUUACACUGUUUAUCCACCCCCACACCAAGUCUUCACCUGGACCCAGAUGUGUGACAUAAGAGAUGUGAAGGUUGUCAUCCUGGGACAGGAUCCGUAUCAUGGACCUAAUCAAGCUCACGGGCUCUGCUUUAGUGUUCAAAGGCCUGUUCCGCCUCUGCCCAGUUUGGAGAACAUUUAUAAAGAGCUGUCUACAGACAUAGAGGAUUUUGUUCAUCCUGGCCAUGGAGAUUUAUCUGGAUGGGCCAAGCAAGGUGUUCUCCUACUCAACGCUGUCCUCACGGUUCGGGCCCAUCAAGCCAACUCUCGUAAGGAGAGAGGCUGGGAGCAAUUCACCGAUGCAGUUGUGUCCUGGCUAAAUCAGAACUCAAAUGGCCUUGUUUUCUUGCUCUGGGGCUCUUAUGCUCAGAAGAAGGGCAGUGCCAUCGAU